UGCACACGGUCAAUGGUCAUAUCUUAGUUUGCUUCCCGAGAUCAACAUGUUCCAGGGACUGACAUUGUUUAUAUAGUCAGACUUGGUGAUAUUCUAAGUUUUCCUGUUUUAAAUAAUAUAAUUUUUGAUAAGGAAUCCACGCAGGGACGAACUCAAAGAAAGGCUACGCGCUCUUGGAGAGUGCGCGAGUUUUCUGCCCAAGUUUGGAGACCGGACGCCUGCUGGAGAGCGCUUGGCGCGCGUUGUGAUUACAGCCACACAGAGGUGAUUAUUUUAAGGAUCUAAAGAUGAAUGACACGGACAUUUUUUGCAAAAACAACCAAACAGGCAACUUGACUGACCCGUCAUGUCUGAAGCCAACCCCCUCAACUUACAGCCACAUCGACAUCACCACUUUCAUGCACAUAUUCCCUUCAAUUUAUGGCAUCCUGUGUUCAGUUGGAGUUAUAGCCAAUGGACUGGUCAUCUACGCGGUGAAAGCGUGCAAGAAGAAAAUGGUAUCAGAUAUCUACGUGCUGAACUUGGCAAUAGCCGACAUGCUGUUCUUGCUUGUGAUGCCCUUCAACAUUCACCAGCUGGUGAGAGACAGACAGUGGGUGUUCGGAAACUUUAUGUGUAAAGCGGUUGUGGUGGUGGAUGUCAGCAACCAGUUUACCACAGUGGGAAUUGUUACAGUGUUGUGCAUUGAUCGGUACAUAGCUAUUGUCCACCCCACCUCAGAGAAGAGGACCAUCCAGUGGACCAUCAUCAUCAACCUGCUGGUUUGGCUGGGCAGCUUGCUCCUCACCGUCCCGGUCAUGAUGUAUGCCAAGGUUGUGCGCAGACAGCAUUUGGAGGUGUGCAUGAUGUACCUGGAUGGGCCCGAGGACAUGUACUGGUACACUCUUUACCAGUCUAUCCUGGGCUUUAUCAUCCCUCUCAUCAUCAUUAGCACCUUCUACUCACUCACCCUCUACCACGUCUUCAGCUCCAUCCGUCGUGUCAAACGUAAGCAGUCUGUUUGGGCUAAAAGAGCCACCAAGAUGGUGCUCAUGGUCAUCGCCCUGUUCCUGAUCUGCUGGUCACCCUACCACGUCAUUCAGGUGAUCAACCUGAGCAACAACACCCCGACUAUUGCCUUCAUCUAUGCCUACAACAUCAGUAUCUGCCUCAGCUACUCCCACAGCUGCAUCAACCCACUCAUGUUGCUCAUCUUCGCCCAGAAUUACCGCGAGCGUCUUUGCUACAGAAACGUGCUGCACAGCACUCAGCACUCAUCCAAGAUCACGGUGGUCAAAACGGACGGUUCAAGUACGACCAAUGAUCCCAACUACCGCUGUACUGUCAUUUAAUCACAAAGAUGUUUUGAAUUGCGACCAUACACACAAAACUGAGUAUGAAGCUUGAGCAGCGAUAUCAAACAUGACUAAAACUCAUUCACAUACUCACUCACUCACUCACAUAAUCAUGCCAAAAAAAAAUAUAUAUAUUACAUAUUACUCAGUGUUAUUCAUGGUAAUAUUGUUAUUAUUGUUAUGUUAUCCCGACCCUUUGGCGGCCACUGGUUUCGCCCUGGGAGGCUGACAUUUGGCAUGAAGGUGUGUGUUUGACUGUGUGUAUUUGUGUUCAUGCCAAUUCGCUAAAAGGGGGGAGUGGUAAUGGGAGUGGCCUAUUGCAAAAAGGCACACAAAGCUCUGCCCACCCCAUAGCAACCACAACUUUCUGUGUAUGAGGCUUAAUUUUGCAAUGGAGGUCAAGUGUUUGAGAGGUUGUGUGUGUGAAUGCAUGAAGGUGCGGAUGCAUGCGUGUACAUGGUGGCAGCUGUUGCGAAUUCAUGCUUGUUUUGUAUUUAUUUCCAAUUUAUUUUUGUCCUCCUACAACUUGGGAAUGUUUGUGGCAUCUGCUGGUGAGAUAUCAAAGUUUAUUGUUUAUUUUUUAAAUAAUCACUUCAAAUCAAAUAAUAUGCCAAAUCAUCAUUGUGACAGUGUAUUUUAAUGUUGGUUUCACUGACAAGUUAUAUUCACUUUUUUUUAUAAACUUCCUGUAAACAACUUUUGGAACUAGUUUUGUUUUACUCUCCAUGUCAACAUGCACACAUUUGGUGAGGUUUGCUGAUGCUAAUAUGCAUCUGUAGUGAAUAAUACUACUAAUGAGUUUCUCAAGUGUUUCAAAAACUAUAUCACAGAAAGUGCACCAUUGAUGAAUUUCAGCAAUGAGUAGCCAGUAACUUAUGUACCAUUAAGGAAUGUUAGCAACAGCAGGAGUUUUUGAGCAAGCCCUGGCUUCAUCCUUCUUAGUUUCUAUAGUCAAUACAUAGAAAGUAAAAUAACCUUUACUUUUCCUUUACCUGCUAUUUUUUUCUGUCAACAUCUAGAUUAGAAUGUAUUGUUAAUGCUGUGAAAUCAGUAAGGACAAUACAGAAAGACGAUCAAACAUUUGAUGGCUGCAAUUUGGCCAUCUCCUACAGAAGUUGUGGAUAAAAGAAGUUACAGACUUUUCUUAUUAAGAAGACUUAUUAAGCAGCCACAUUUAACUGCAAAAAGGGGUUAAUAAAGAGAGUGAACAACAAUACUGAAUACUGUCUUCAUUACCGGGAUGUUUUUUCCGAUGUAUUAACUGAACAACAGAGAAAAAUAUUCACCUAUAGAAAACCCUUUGUACAUGAUUUUAAGCGAUAUAUACACACACAUGUUGAGGGCUUUAUAUCUCUGAUUGAUCAUAUGUAGUUUACAACAGCUGGUUUAUUUUACAAACAGCGGUAGGUCCGCAGCAGUUUCUGUAAGUGCCACUGUUAGCUACCACUGCUAGUGUUCUGCUGAUCACGGUCUGGAAAUAAGAAAAAUAAUGUGACCCCCUAAUGUGAUCAUGCUUUGAACUCUGAGAAGUAAUAGCAUUUCAAUUAUGUAAGCACAGAAGUGUUACACUUCAUUUUUAUAAAAGAUAUCAACCAGUUUUUCUUUCCUCAGCAUUGCAACAUAACUGUAAUAUAAGUCAAAUGGUGUUAUCUGUACAUAUUUGAUUGACUUUGACUUGAAUUUGACCCCCUGGUGUCAUCAUCUUUGCAUUUGAAAGAUUUAUUUUAGAAUUAUAUUGUAGUAUAACUGUACAGAUCCUUUGCUUAAAUAACUUAAGGAAAACCUUGCAAAUUAAUGUAAAACUCACCUCAUGGAAAUGCUACUAAUAGCAACUGUAACACAACAAUGUUAAGAUUCAUAAACUAUAAACUGCUGUAUCUCACUAACAGAUGCCAAAAACAGUAACAGUUGCCAUGGCAUCUCCUCUGCAGCGAUGGCAGUUGCCACAAACAGCGGCAGGCCCUGACAGCUUGCACUAUUUGAACCAGCCCCUGCUGUGUGCACAGCCAAACACUCACACACAUACACAUGUCUUCUCUACACCUACUUAUUUUUUCAUUUGUUAACUCAUCCCAAUUUCUCCUGUCCUCAUUUAUUGACAAAAUUGUCUGUUGUUGCUAACCUGAACAUUUAUUGAAUGAUUUAUUUCCUCUCCCCAGUCCCAACUGUGGUUAAUGAACAAGUGCUGGUGGUGAUGCAGCACCUCUGGCUCCGCCGUGGCUUCAGCAGGGGGGUUGUGGUCACCUGAUGGCAGGGACUGGGUCCACUAGAUUAAAAAUACACUUAUAUUAUACUUAUACUUAUAUACUUAUACUUAUACAAAUAUUUCCCUGUCCCGACUGAGCUGGCUCACUCCUGUGGGUUUGGUAUAUUACAUACAUACAUAUAUACAAAAGUAUCUGCAACAGACCAGCACCUCCCAAGGGUCUGGGUAUGUCCCUAAACAGAUAACCAUGUAUAAUUGUGUAACUAGCAGUCCCAACCCAGCUGACAGCUUCCUGAGUCCAAGUACCCCGGUGGUGCCAUAGGUGAUGCCCAGAGGCGCCAAUUUCAGUGUUGCUAUCACACUUCUGUAGUUUAGUUUAGAUUACAUUUCUGUUUUCUCUUUUUUUCUAUUUGUCUUAUACACACACACACACACACACACACACACACACACACACACACACACACACACACACACGUGCCCUGCAUAACCAUUCUUAGCAAAGGUAACUGGAUUGCAUAUAUCAUCAUAUCUAUUAUUAUAUUUUGUAAACCUUUUUCCUCUGUAUGUAUUUUAUAUCUCUAUUCCUGUCUGUGUUUAUGUAUUGUCCCUUUGCAACAACAAAACAAAAAAAUAACAAAAGGUUUUCAACAGAAAAUCUAAGGAAGAAGAAAUUACUUCUACUGCUCAGAGGAAGGUGAGCAGGCUAAAAAGGAAAGCAACUGUCUCUGAGCCAAAAUUGGAGGGAAUAUCAGCACUGACUUUCAGAGAUGCACGGAUGAGAAUAGACUCAGAUGUGGCUCUUUUUUCUUUUGGACUGGGAGCUUUGGUUAAACCUUUAUCAACCGCAGGCUACGUCCCAGAGUCUUACUGGUCAGUGACAACACUGAAGUGAGAUCUGUCACUGGCAAACAUGAGCAUGUUCAAGUGUGAAAUGUUAAGAUACUAUUAUUACCCAGCUUGAUGCUGAUGGAACAUUUAGCUCCACACAUUGUGACUUCUGCAAUCACAAUACUUUCUAAUAAGGAACACUUAAGGGCUUAUAAGUUGUUACCAAUGUCUUUAUUAAUGGUUUAUUAAUAAUAUCCCAAUGCUUUAAAGAUCAGUUAUAAACCAUUAAUAGAGCCACAGUUGUAAAAAAAAAAAAAAAAAAAAAAAAAUCUAAUUAGCUGUUUUUUAAAAUCCUUUCUAUGAUGUAAUAAUGCAGUUAUAAAUAUUGGUAAUCCAUUAAUAAAUUAUCAAGGGUUUAUCACUUUGUAAUCAGCCUGCAGUUAUUAAUGAUAAUAAAUUGUAUAAAAAUAGAUCUGCCAAACCAGUCAGAGGUAGUUCACAACCUGGCAACCCAAAAUGUUUCUUAUUAAUGGCUCAAAAUAAAAUCGUAAAUGAUUUAUUAACCAUUAAGAAAGCCAUUAGUAACGAGUAAACCCUUUUAUCCCAAUAAUCAAAUAAGUCAUUGUUUGGUAGAAGAAAGAACUAGAAACGCAUGUGGUAAUUUGAUGGCUGUUAAACAUUAGAGAAACACUUCACAGCUGAUCCAAACAACAACAUGUCGGAUACGUGACUUGAAAGUCCCAUGUCAGCUCACCCCGCAAGUCAAAAGUUCAUUACUAACAUAACUACAUGCUGCCGACUCCUGUCUCGUACGAGUGUUUGCUAAUGGCUAUAGAAUGGAUGGCACAUGCUGUACGGUUAGCACACUGUUUGACGAAACAUGUUUAUUUUGCUAUUUCUAGUCUCAGACAGAACAGCUGAUUUCUGUUUGUUUUAGACUCUAAUUGCUGGAAAAUGCACUGUAAAACACGAAUGACUGCUUUACACCCAGUGUCUCACCAAAAUAAAGACAAACAAGUGUCUUUCAGGCCAUCGUGAUAGGCCUGCGGUGGGGCAGUGGAUGUACUAUAAUAUUCAUGGGCUGGUUUUUAAAUAAUAUACAUCAGUUAACACCACUGUCCUGUUAUCAUGUGGAGGUCAACUAAAAGAAAGGCAUGAAUACACAUAGCAUUGAAAAAGUAAACAGUGACAGGUUUGUUACUAGGGGAUUUGGUGAAAGUGAAAUAGUUAUUAAAGUUGAUGGUAUAUAUUGAUAUUAUAUACUGAUUUAGAUGGUGUUAAUUGUCUUAAUUUGCAGGAUACUGUUGUGGUGUUCUCCUGUUGUCGUAUUUAAUGUACAAUGUCACCCAUUGUGACUUUUGCUGUCUUUUUUAUUCUCAAUGCCAGACCAAUCUGUAUUCACUCAAACUGCUCAGGAGCCGCUAUGAACUUUGGUGUUUGAAGUGAAUUCUUUGUGACAAGGAGCAUUUUUCAUAAUGAACAAAUGUAAUAUUGCGUCUAUAACACGGGCAUUGUGAAGAACAUGCCCUUGCAUCUCUAUCAAGUCAUUUACCUGAUUGAGCAUUUGCAUAUUGAAAAGUGAGAGGCAAUGUACACGAAAAAGAUAUUCUGUGAUAAACUGUGUAUACACAAAUCACUUCUCCACAAGCAGAGGUUCAUCACACUGUAAUGUAUGGUUCUUCUCUGUGUUAUGUGCAAAUAUUGUAGGAAUUGUUUUACUUUUAUCGAGGCUGGAUGCCAGGCUGGGAAAAGCAGGCCACUGGUUAACAGGGCCAUAGGUUCACUCUUUGGAAAUUAAUUUACAGUAAUUUUAUAAAAUGCAAAAUUGUUUGGUAAUAUUCACCACCAAUGCACAAUAUAAACUGAAGUGGUACAGCCUGGCUUCUUCAUUUUUACCUGAUUUUGAGGUUUGAUUUACAGCCCUAUGUCAAAAUCUAGUUGUUGUUUUUUUUAUGUUUAAAGGGGCACUCCGGUGAUUCAGUGGUGCACCCACAUAAAGACUCACAAUCAUAUUACACUUCCCAUAAUGCAAUCAAUAGCAUCUUCUGGUGAGACGAUACAGUCUUUGUCAGUGUUUGGUACUGUUGACCUUCUUUGAUGUUGAAGUGGUGGUUACUGUAUUCACUGGCCAAUGAAGUCCUUUAACGUGUAUGUGGUUGUUGUAGUAACCUAUGGUAAAACGCACAUACAAUAACUUAUAAUUAACCAAUAUAUGGGUUAUAACUGAAUGUAAACAUUGUUUGUAAAGAUUCAGACAGAUGUCAUGUGGUAUACAUAUAUACAUGCACUUGUUUCCCAAAUGCUGUCAAUGGAGAAGCUGCAGUUGUUCAGAGACGCCUUUAAUUUUUAUUUAAGUCAUCAGGGCUCUUAUUUCUUAUUUUAACAACAUGCAGAAUACCUGGAGGAGAUUCAGGAUUUUAAUCAUUGAUUGGUGCAGUGGUAAUAUUCAAGAUUUAUCUCUGACUGCCCUCACCCGCAUCAAACAAAAACACUUGACUUUGCUAUUUACAGUGUUUUUCAUAAGCUGUUAAGUUAUUUAUGACUGUAGCAGGCUGCUGGGGCAUGCCAAGUGAAGCAGUAGAAAGACUGCAUAAAAAUCAGGAGUACUGUCAUUUAUGUUGUUGUGGAAGUCUAUUUGCCUGAGGUUUGUCAAAUGUCGUGGUGCAAACUGCGGGUCUACGUGACCAUUUGGAAGCAAAAGUCAGAGAGCUGACCACCGAAACAGUUUCAGAGUGACAAUCAUCAACUUAAGUGGCCCGGCAUGAGACUUCUACCUCGACUGUGGUUCUUGAUUCACAUGUUAGCAACUGCAGAUUCAGACUGCAGAGGAUUUCAUAAGCUGUAUUAAUUUUCCUCUGAAGUAUCAAUGUCGUCACAGCAGUUUUGUGAAUGAUAGAUUUUCUUCUUCUUGUCAUGAGGCCAAAAUGCACUAGGAAUUAUGGAUCCUCUGUGUAAUUUGAUUUGAAAGUUAUGGACACAGUUGAACAAAAUUAACAUGGUGGCCGAAACUGUAGCUUUCAAAUUUUUAUUUCCUAUUUAAGGAGAUUGUCUUGAGAAAACCUUUGACAGUCCUUAAUUUUCAGACUAGAUGAGACUGACACAGCAAAAAUGUCAUAUUGAUGCGUAAUCUUCCCUGUGAGGAAAACAAAACACAUGCACAUUUAAAUAUCGAACACUCCUGAAUUACAGAGAGGGAGGUGUAUGUGGUGUGAUGCCUUUGUUUAUUGCAUCAUUUUUAUUUCAACUCUCAUGAAGCCAAAACAUUUGACAACAAAGAGUAUUUGUAUAUUUAUGGAGGAGGCGUGACUUGAAUGAAUAAACAUGGAGCUAGGACCAGCAACCAGUUAGCUUAGCUGAGCAUAAACACUGGAAAUAGGGAGAAAAUAUACCUACCAGCAUCUCUAAAGCUCACCGAUUAACAAUUUGUAUAAUGUUUGUGUAAUUCACAGACCUGCUGUGACCAUGAGGUUGUCAGACAACAAGUGGAGAAGAUGCUAAGUAAUCAGCUAGUUACGGCACGUGCACUAACCCCCAUGUAAAAACACAGUAUUUUAAACAAGAUAUAGCAUGUUAAUUAGUGACAUAAAGUUGUUGGUAGGUGGAUUUUUUAAACUGUGGGCAGAGAGAGUUUCCUCCGAUUCCCCCUGGUCUUUAUGGGAGAUUUUCUUUUCUUAGUAAACUCAUUUGAAUCUCCACAUUCAACCGUAACACGAAUACAUCUAUAAAUAUAAGAUAAAAACAGCUGAUAAAGCAGGCAGGUAGCCCAUGUACUGCAUAUAGUUAAAUGUGUACAUGUAAAUUUUUUAUGGAAACUACUUUUAUUCUAAAAUAAAUAUGUUCUCCAUUGUG